GGCCAAUGGUCGUCAUUUGUUCCAUAUGGUGACUGGAGUCAGUGUUCUUCAUCUUGUAACAAUGGAACCAAAACACGUAACAAAUAUUUUUUUCACGGACUUCGACCAUUAUAAUUGCUGUGGUGUCAACAAUUCUGGUAUUUCUGGUUCCUACACUUAUUUUCUUUUAUUGUCGAAGCAAGAAAACAAGUAAAUCAGCACCAACAACCCAAACUCAAUCAGAGAUAUACGAGGAAAUCCACAAUAUGGACAUAAUGAGCAAUCAUUAUGUCCCCUCAUACGCAGAAUACAUACUUCAUCCUAUGCUCAUAAACAGAAAUCACCCAAACGCUACUGUUCAUCCUCUCUUUAUUAAUGUUGAAAGAACGGGACCUAACAUCAGCAAUCGUAGAAAUGAAUAUCGCGUUAGUGAGAUAACUGAGCAGGGUGAUGGGGAUGUGACAAAUAGAGAGUCAUUACUUAGUCUUAAAAACAGCUAUGGAUCAGAUGACGAAAAUGAAUCGAAGUUGGCAAUUUGCUCAGAUGUCAACGCUGAUAUCACCAGUGUUGACACGGAAUUAAGAAAUUUUACUAUAGAUGGGUUUCCAGUUGAUAAAUAUCAAAAACCCAUGUUUAAAAGAAGAAAUAGCUACAUAACAGUAUUGCCAGAUGAGUCUAAGAAAGUGGACGAAACAGUCAUUGAAGAACACCACGAUUAUCUUGAAUGUUACUAUGACAAGGAUGAAUCGGUUAAAUGCAAAGACAUUGAUUCUAAAUUGCCCUCUCAAUUUGAUGAAUGUUUGAACAACAUUGGGGAUGUGGCAUAAAGGA